AUGGACAAGCUUCCCAGCGCAGAAGAGAUGCAAGAAACCCUCGCCCGGCGAGAAGAGAAGAUCCGCGAAUCAUGGGUUCGUACCAUGGAAGCAAGAAUCGUUCGUGAAGAACUUCAGAAAUGCCACAAAGCCGAAGGGGUCAACCACUAUCAGGUGUGCAACGAGCUGGCUAAGAAGUAUCACUCUCUGUUGGCUGAUGCUAAGGUUAAGGGCUUCAGAGUGAUUGACACUGAGUAG